AAUGCUGAGAGUAUAAUCAUGAAGAAAUUAUCUCACUUGUAUUUUCCCCUUGGACUCUUCUUGCUAGGUUCUCUCUUCUCUUGCUUAGCCACGGCCGCCCCCAACAUUACCUCGGAUCAAUCAGCCCUUCUCUCAUUGAAAGCCAAAAUCACUGGGGAUCCUCACGAAAUCUUGGCAAGCAACUGGUCGGCUACUUCCUCAGUUUGUGACUGGAGAGGAGUCACUUGCGGCUCUCGCCACCGCAGAGUCACUGCCUUGAAUAUCUCCAACUUGGGCCUCACCGGCACCAUUCCUCCACAACUGGGCAAUCUCUCCUUUCUCAUGUCCCUCGAUAUGAGCAGGAACAACUUUUACGGAGAACUUCCCCUUGAAUUGAUUCGUCUGUCCAGGUUACGAGUCCUUCGUUUAGGCAUUAACAUGCUUAGCGGAAAUAUUCCCUCUUGGGUUGGUUCCUUCCAACAACUCCGACAAUUUUCUCUGAAGAACAAUAGCUUUACAGGCUUUAUCCCACCUUCUAUCUCCAACAUGUCAAAGCUGGAGACGUUCAAUCUGCAGUUUAAUUCUCUACAAAGAGCAAUACCAAUGGAGAUUGGGAAAUUUAAAAAGUUGAAGCAAAUUGCCCUCGACUUUAAUCAGCUUUCCGGUUUUCUGCCACUGGGGAUGUUCAAUAUUUCCUCGUUGGAAGUUAUUGCUCUUCAAAAUAAUAGCUUAUCUGGCAGUCUUCCAUCCAGCACAUGUCCCCGUCUUCAAGGACUCACAUGGCUUGACCUUGGCCUCAACAAAUUAAGUGGUGCGAUACCACCAUCGUUGUCGGAAUGUUCGAAGCUUCAGGUACUGAGGUUGGUUGGCAACAAUUUAAACGGAGUGAUACCGGAAGGAUUUGGGAACUUGACGGCGCUCAAGGGACUAUAUCUUAGCGAGAACAAUUUACACGGUAGCAUUCCGCACGAGCUUGGCCGCCUAAAGCAUCUUGAAAUACUUGAUAUGGGCUCCGAUAGCCUAACUGGAUCCAUACCAGCCCAAAUAUUCAACAUCUCGACACUGCGAGAACUGGACCUAUCGAGCAAUACGCUUUCUGGAAGACUUCCGUCAUCCACAGGUUAUGGAUUAAUCAACCUUGAAAUGCUUUUUCUCGAUUGGAAUGAGUUUGAUGGAGUGAUACCAGUGUCAAUCUCAAAUGGGUCUAAGCUUACUAUGUUAGACUUGAGUGGAAAUAGAUUCAGCGGUCCAGUUCCAAACACUCUUGGAAACCUAAGACUUCUAAGAAAAUUGUAUCUCGAUAAUAAUCAUUUGACAACUGAACCUUCAUCGAGAGAAUUGAGCUUUAUCAGUUACUUAACAAAUUGUAAGUAUCUGAAAAUAUUAGUUUUGUCUAAAAAUCCGCUGCACGGUUUUCUUCCGAAGUCAGUUGGGAAUCUCUCAGCUUCUAUGGAGGGAUUCUAUGCAUAUGGUUGCGGAAUCAAGGGAAGCAUUCCCGAUGCAAUUGGGAAUUUGAGCGGCCUAAUGAUUUUGGUUCUAGAAGGAAAUCACCUGAGUGGGCCCGUUCCGAGCACAAUGGAAUACUUGCAAAAUCUUCAAGUUUUGUAUUUGGGUGGUAAUCAAUUAAGUGGUUCAAUUGCAGAUUGCAUAUGCAAGUUAAGGAGAUUGUACCAAAUUGAUCUGUGGCAAAACCAGUUUCGUGGGUCAAUACCAUCAUGCUUGAGCAAUGCUAGUUCGCUGAGAGGAAUUGACUUUGCCGGGAACUUAUUAAACUCAAGCAUACCUGGUAGCUUGUGGAACCUCACUGAUCUCUUGAAGUUGUACCUGUCAUAUAAUUCCUUGAGUGGCUCACUACCUUAUGAAACUGGAAAUUUGAAGGUAGUAAUUCUAUUAGAUUUGUCAGGAAAUCACCUUAAUGGGAAUAUUCCAAGUUCCUUAGGAGGCUUGCAAAAUUUAGCAACGCUUUCAUUAGCACAAAAUAAAAUUCAGGGACCUAUUCCAGACUCACUCAGUCACAUGUUAAGCUUACAAUUUUUGGAUCUAUCCAAUAAUAAUCUAUCAGGUCCAAUACCAAAGUCCUUGGAGACACUUUUAUAUCUCAAACACAUUAAUCUUUCUUUCAACGGCUUAAGAGGAGAAAUUCCCUCUAGUGGUCCUUUCGAGAACUUCACAUAUGAAUCAUUCAUGUCUAAUGAUGACUUGUGUGGCGCUCAGAGGUUUCAUGUUCCUCCAUGUCCUUCUCCUCGGAUUCACAAAUCGAGUCAGAAGAAAGUAUUUCAUAUGCUAGGCAUUCUAUCAGGUAUUGGAGCAACAAUAAUUGCUGUUACAACUGCUGCAAUUUUACUUAUAAGAUGCCGAAGAAAGGAUGGGAUUUCAAGAAACUCUGAUUUGUUGCCCAUGGGAUUGCCAAAAAUGAUUUCAUACUAUGAACUUGUGCAAGCAACCAAUGGUUAUGAUGAAAGCAAUUUACUUGGCAAAGGGAGUUUUGGAUCUGUAUAUAGGGGUAUUUUGACGGAUGGGACAGUUGUAGCUGUGAAAGUUUUCACUUUACUAGCAGAAGUCACUUCCGGGAGUUUUGAUGCAGAGUGUGAAGUUCUACGCAACCUUCGCCAUAGAAACCUUACCAAAGUGAUUGCUAGUUGCUCUAACCUGGACUUCAAAGCCUUAGUGUUUGAUUUCAAGUCUAAUGGGAGCCUUGAGAAAUGGUUGUACUCCCACAACCAUUGCUUGGAUGUGCUGCAAAGGAUAAGCAUAAUGAUGGAUGCUGCUUCCGCAUUGGAAUAUCUCCAUUUUGGUUAUACAACACCAGUGGUUCACUGCGAUCUGAAACCUAGCAACAUAUUGCUCGAUGAAAGUAUGGUUGCUCAUGUGAGUGAUUUUGGUAUGGCAAAGUUUUUGGAUGAAGAAAAUAGUGUUCGGCAUACCAAGACACUUGCAACGCUUGGAUACUUGGCACCAGAGUAUGGACUCGAAGGGCGGGUGUCAACGAGAGUUGAUGUGUAUAGUUUUGGUAUACUUUUGAUGGAAACCUUUUCAAGAAUGAAGCCUAGUGAUGAAAUGUUCAAAGAUGAUUUGAGCCUGAAGAGUUGGAUUGAAGAAUCUCUACCUAAUGCAACAACUCAGGUUGUAGACGCAAACUUACUUGGGCAACAAGAUGAGCAUUUCAGCGAGAAAUUGGAGUGUGUUUCAAUGAUCUUCAAAUUGGCUUUGAGUUGCUGUGCUGAAUGCCCACGAGAUCGGACUAAUAUGAAGGAUGUUGUUGCGGCACUUCAAAAGAUAAAACGUCAACUUGAGUCUUUUCCGAAUCUCUCGGCAUGAAAGAUGAUGCCAAGAUUUGAAACAUGAAGCAAAAUAAGUUAUAUUAUCCACCUUAAGUGUGCUGGUAUAUCAAUAAUAUAUUAUUAAGAUGCCAAAGUUUUUUUUAUUUUUCUAGUCUCUAAAAAUCUUGUUCUCUCAGUCUAUUUGUAUGUGCCCAAUUUUAAGUUCAUUUUCUUAGCUGUCAUUUGAAAGGCAACCAGAGGAAAAACUGCAUUUGCAUAGUUCUGUUUCAUGACAAUCUUUAUCAAUUCUGUCCUUCAAAUAG